CCCCAAAAAUCCCCCCAAUAUCGAAACCAGCUCUCUCUCUAAAACCUAACCAAGCAGGAAAAAAAAAAAUUCCCUUCUCCUCCUCCUUCCGGAAUUCUCUGCGAGACUCUCUCAUGUGGCCAGAGUGGUUGAAGUCGCCAACUAGGGUUCCGCCGCCGUCUUCGAAUUCGAAUUCGAUUUCUAUACCAGCGCACAAGAAGAAAUUCUCUUGCUCCUCCUUCAAGGACAUCCAAAACCUCAUCUCCGAGCCCGACCAUGGCGGCGAAUUCGGCAUCGGCUCCUCCGAUCCUCCUCCCAUUUCCUCUCCCCGAACGCCUUCAAUCUUCCACCGCGUCCGGAUCUCCACCUCCGUCCUCCGGUACCUCCGCAAAUCCCUCCCUCCCGCCCUCCCGCAGCCGCCUCAGCUGAAGGAGGCGCAGCCGGACUGCAUCGUCCUCUACUUCACCAGCCUCCGCGUCGUGCGGCGGACGUUCGAGGACUGCUACGCCGUCAGAUCGAUCCUCCGCGGGUUCCGAGUCCCGAUCGACGAGCGAGAUUUGUCGAUGGACGGGAAAUACCUAGGCGAGGUCCAGGAGAUCCUCGGGACCUCCGGUAAGGUGGCGCUGCCCGUGGUUCUUAUCGGCGGGAGAUGCAUCGUCGGGCUCGACGAGAUCAGGGAGCUCCACGAGAGCGGGGAAUUGAAGCAGAUCAUUGCGGGGCUGUUUCCGCCGACCGCCGUGGCGGCGUCGAACGAGUGCGAUCUGUGCGGAGGGCUGAGAUUCGUCCUGUGCGAGGAGUGCAGCGGCAGCCACAAGAUCUACUCGGAGAAGCACGGGUUCCGAAGCUGCACCGCGUGCAACGUCAACGGUUUGGUCCGCUGCCCGGAUUGCUACAAGCCUGCCCGCCGCCGCAUGUCCAUCGCGUAGCGCCGCCUCCGAUGACUAACCAACCGACUGCAGGAGAAUCAGGUGGUGGUGGGUGGUAGUGGAUUAGUUCUAUUCUAGAGACUUUUCCUUUCUUAUUUUUUUCCUUAUUAACAUGGGUGAAAAUUUUAGGGGAAAAUGGAAUCCUCGGUUUGAGGGGUGGGAUUGUAAAUUUGUUAGCAAGGCUUGUUUGUUUGUUUGUUUGUUGGUUCGGCGACUUGGCCUUCCGGCCGGGGAGAUUAGUUCUCUGGUGAAGUAGAAGAUUUUAGACAAUCGAGUUUGCAACAAUUGGCACCGAGUUAUUUUCUUGUUUUCUCAUUUUCUCAAUGAUGAUAAAUGAUUAAUUGACUUUUGUGCAGCAAACGAAAAAAAAAAUAUGUUGAUAUUC